AUGCUGGGUAUUUGGUAUGUUAUCGAGAAAACUAGUACAGCUAGCAGUUGCAUCGUUUAUAAUAUUACAAAAACGGACGAGCCUGAAGAAUACUCAAUUGAGGAAAUCAGUCAGCACUUUUUAUUGUCAUUGACUCCUCUCAGGCAUGGUUACCACUACAGAGGAACCUUGACAGUUCCCGACAGUUCCGUUCCUGCGAAAAUGAAAGUCAAAUUUCCUUUGAGUGUUGCUGGUUCAUCCUCCUUCACGGUGUUCACUACUGAUUAUGAUACAUAUGCUGGUAUCUUCACUUGUCAGAAAAUAACAUUUUCCAAUAGACAGUCUGCCACCAUCCUAUCCAGAACUAGAUCUCUAGAUAAGAUGUACAUUGACAAGAUCAGGAAUAGGCUAGUAUCUUCCCAAAUCGACCCCUUCGACCUGUCUAUCAUCAAACAAAAUGACUGCCCCAAGGACCUCAAUCAGGGCUACAACAUCAAUAUCAACGACGAAACCAUUUCGGCCCACGCUGCGGCCGAAGUCAUAAGAAAGGCUGGAGAUAAAGUUGGGGAUGGAGUUGAGUACUUGUCAGGCAAAGCUAAAGAAGUCUACAACAAAGUAGCUGAUAACAAAAAUGAGGAAGCUGCCAGAAUUGAAAACCACACGAUACCCCCAGAAAGUGAAUGGUUACCAUGAUGAAAUGCGAAAAGAACUAUAUAUAAGUGUUGACAAUAAAUGAAAAAGUAACGACUUCAGAACUUUCAUAAAUGAGUGAAUUUUUAUCCAUUAUAUGAACAAAGAAUUUAUGAGGCUGGAACUUUUAGAUUUAUGGCUAAUUCAUACACCAAACUUUCAUUUCAUAUUUUACUUUAACAAAGUUGUCACAAUGUAAAUCAAUAGAAUCAUUCAUAAUCCACACUUUUUUUUUUACUUUAAUGUAAGUUUUGUGAGUACUUUUUCCUCAAAGAUUUCUUAAAGUAAAAAAGAAUGUGCAUUCGUAAACCGACAGUGUGGUCAGUAUAAUUCGUAACAUAACCCUAUUUUUGUCGAUAGUAUUCUGUUAUGAAAUGUGAAGUGUAAAUAACACCGAAAUAAUAUUUUCUAAAUUUUUUCUUUCCACUACGAGUGUUCGCCAUAUCCAUUUUUUGUAAUAAUAUGUUCCAAGUUAUUACCUUGGGAUGCGAAUGGGCCACUUUCUCUUUAAACAUUUUUUGUCUCUAACAACUAAUUGAAAGAAAAAGUUUGAUGUAUAAAUCAGCUAUAAAAUUAGUUGAAUACCUUAUUUUAGCUAUACUGAUUUUCAAAUAAAAUUGAUCAAAAAAACA